AUGGCCCACUCUCCGGCUUCGCUGCUCAGCUCAGACUCCUGGCUCCUUCCUCAAGGCUGGGGUUGGGGGGCUGCGCCCCCGCUGCAGCCGCUGCCGUCGGAGGGCGACUGCAGCUGCUCUCCAGCUUCCUCCUCGGACUCCUGGGGCCUCUCCCCCCCGGGACCCCAAGCCCGCUUCCUCCCAGAUGGCCACACUCCCAAGCCGCCCAGCACCAGGACGGGGACCGGCCGGCGAGCUGGCAGGGGCCGCCUGGGCAGUGGGCAGCGGCAGAGCGCCAGCGAGCGGGAGAAGUUGCGGAUGCGCAACCUGUCCCGGGCGCUGCAUGACCUGCGGCGCUACCUGCCACCGUCGGUGGCGCCGGCCGGCCAGAGCCUGACCAAGAUCGAGACCCUUCGCCUGGCUAUUCGCUACAUUGGCCACCUGUCGGCCCUGCUGGGACUCAGCGAGGAGAGUUUGAGGCACCGGAGGAGCGAGGCUGCACCCCGGGGCUGCCCACUCUGCCCCAAUGGACUGGGCUGCUGCUCUGAAUGGACCCAUGGCCUCAGCCCGGCCUCCCCGGUCCCUGAGACCCGCUCUCCCCAGCUUCCCGACGGCUGGGAGUCCCCACCUUCCUGUCCGGCGGUCCCACCCCAGCUCGAGAGAUGCGGGGGGCAGAUCCUUGAUGCUGAUACUUUGCUCCUAGAAGAGCAGGUGGCAAAUCUGGACUCGUCCUCGAUCUUUCCCGGAGACGUGCUAUCCUUGCUGGAGACCUGGGUGCCUCUCCUACCACAGGAAUGA